AUGCCUCCUUCCUGUCAAUACUACCUAACCUUCUUUGCCAUUAGUUUGCCUCGUUCGCCUUAUGGUACUGGCUGUGUGCCUGUUCAGGGUGGUUCGCAAGGCAAAGAUGCGAUAUGGAGGCGCAAGGUCCCCACAAAGUGUCUCGAUAGUGUCAAGGCGGGACACACAUUGAAGACGCUGUCGCAGCCGAUCCGGCCCCCCCGUCCGGUGGUUGCUUCCUCGGGAGACGCGACCACUCGGAACGCCGACGGCGACGAUGUCGUUGAUAAGCGAAAAGCCGUCGACGAGGUCAACAAGCUGAUUAAGCAGCCAGAGACGCGUCCUAUAGGUCAGGAGCAACUGGUGGCUCAAGUGAAAGGCAUAUAUGCUGGUUUGGUCAUGAUCGAGAACAAGUGCAUAAAGGUCGUCAAUGCACAGAACUCGCUAAACAACGAUUCGGCCUCCCCCCAGCUAAACACCGACCAAUGGCAAGCUUUGAUCGUCUUGCACCGGACGUUGCUACACGAGCACUACGAUUUUUUCCUCGCCUCUCAGCAUCCUUCGGCAAGCCCAGAGCUGCGUCGUCUGGCUGCCAAAUACGCAAUGCCGGCGCGCAUGUGGCGACACGGCAUUCAUAGUUUGUAA